AUGAUCGGAAGCCUUCAGGCAGCAGAUAUGAAGGAAGCGUACACGAGUCAAUUAGGCUGCAUCGGAACUUUGCCAUUGGAGUCAGAGUACGAGACAAAUGUAUCCGUCACUUUUUUCGGACAUCACCAGACGCGCUCACGUUUGAACUUCUCACUUCCGAAUUUGCGCGCGUCUUGCUCAAGUGAUGGCGGACGACCAGUCGGACGUCUGACCGAAGCUUUCUUAAAUCAUGGCAAGGCACUGAGCGAGGUCCGACGAGAGGUGUACCAGCUGCUAGUGGAGGAGACAUGGAAGACCGCCAUGCGGAGCAGACACUACAUAACUACGCAGUGCCUUGACACGCCGAGUCACUCGGCGUGGAUGGUGCUGUACAAGCAUGGCAAUUACGUCAACUUCGUAAAUGCUACAAGCUUGAACAGCUCCUUCGACGAUUCAGUCCCUACUACUACAUCCCUCAUCACACGACUCGCGGUCAACCGCCUAAGCUAA